AGUCUUUCUUUCGUCUCGUGCUUCUCAUUUUGAAGCUAAAAAAUAAAAAAGCGCUUCUGAUGAUUUGAAAGCACUUAUUUUCAAAAUGGAAAACGAAAAACAAAACUCAUUCUGCAAACGAGUUCCCAAUCUUCUAUCUUCUUUCGUCGAUACAUUCGUUGACUUUUCAGUCAGCGGCGGAAUCUUCCUCCCACCACCGCCGUCAUCUCCGCCACCUCCACUCCCCACUCGACUACCCUCCCCGCAACGUCUUAUUGCCAUCGGCGAUCUCCAUGGCGACCUCAAGAAAACAAAAGAAGCUCUCCGAAUCGCCGGAUUAAUCGACGAUUCCGAUAAAUACAUCGGAGGUUCAUCCACCGUAGUUCAAGUCGGCGAUGUCCUCGACCGCGGCGGUGACGAAAUCAAAAUCCUGUACCUCUUAGAAAAACUGAAACGCGAAGCAGCAAUUCAAGGCGGAAGAUUCAUCACCAUGAAUGGAAACCACGAGAUCAUGAACGUUGAAGGUGAUUUCCGUUUCGCGACGAAAUCAGGCGUUGAUGAAUUUAGGGUUUGGUUGAAAUGGUUUCGUGAAGGUAACAAGAUGAAGAGUCUCUGCAAAGAUUUGGAACCACCGUUAGAUCCGUUGGAUGGUGUACACGUGGUGUUUCGUGGUGCGAGGAGAGAGUUUCAUGAUGGGCUUAGGGCUAGGGUUGCUGCAUUAAGACCUAAUGGCCCAAUUUCUAGAAGGUUCUUCACACAAAACGUUACUGUUUUGGUUGUUGGUGAUUCGAUUUUUGUUCAUGGUGGUUUGUUGCAAGAACAUGUUGAUUAUGGAUUGGAGAAGAUUAAUAGUGAGGUUAUUGAUUGGGUUAAUGGUAAUUAUGGUAAUCGGUUGUCACCGGGUUAUUGUCGUGGGAGGAAUGCAGUUGUUUGGCUUAGGAAAUUUUCUGAUGGGAAUUGUGAUUGUUCGAGUCUUGAGCAUGUUUUGUCAACGAUUCCGGGUGUUAAGAGGAUGAUUAUGGGGCAUACCAUUCAGAGGGGAGGGAUUAAUGGCGUUUGCGGAAAUAAGGCUAUUCGAAUUGAUGUUGGUAUGUCGAAAGGUUGUGGUGGUGGUUUGCCUGAGGUUUUGGAGAUUGAUAGGGUUUCUGGGGUGAACAUAUUGACAUCAAAUUCUUUAUAUCAUCAAGAUGUUGAUGUUGGGAAGGUGGAAGAAGGGCUUGGAUCGUUGAUUAAUAAUGAUCAAGAUGUUAGACCUAGACAAGUGGAAGUUAAAGCUUAACUUUUAUCGAUAAGAAUCAAAGUUGAUGAUUGAGAGUUUACAACAUUCACAUAGAAUGCUCACCAAUCACUUGCUAGAUCCUGAAGAUUAAAGGCUUAGUUUCAACUUUCAACUUUAAAAUUGUUUAGAUUAUUUAGGCAAUUGUUGCAAUAAAGGUUUCUCAUUCUUGUGCAUCGGAGUUAGAGGUAUCUAUAUCCUAUGCCUUAUUGUUUAGGUUUUUAGGGUUUAGUAAUUAGGAUAUGGAGGUGAUGAUUUCUAAUCAAACUUAUAUGAUUGUUUGUUUAGUGGAUUGUUAACAUCAUCAUUGAUCGUACAUGAUUGAUUAAUUCCUUGUCGACCUAUUUGACAUUGUAAUUGAGUAUGAAAACAUGGACGUAUUAAUAA